CAAGAUAUUCAUUAAAACAAAAAACAACUUGGCCUAAUUCAACACAUAUAUCUGCUCAACAACGACAUCUAAUCACUUCUAUUUCUUCAGCAGUUGGAUCAAUAUCAUUACCCACCACCCCAGUAAUAUCAUUAUCAUGUAACAGUCAAGAGCCAGAUGACUUAGGAUACCACGAAACUAUAGAAGAAGAAGAGACUUUUAGUAAUAAUAGUAAAUAUAAUGAGGAAGAUUACGAAGAUUAUAAUGAGAAAGAUUGUGAAAAUUAUAAUAAGGAGUAUAAUAAAGAGUAUAAUGAAGAGUAUAAUAAGAAGUAUAAUGAGGAGUAUAAUGAGGAGUAUAAUGAGGAGUAUAAUGAGAAGUAUAAUGAGGUAUGCAAUGAGGAAGAUAAUAGAGAAGCUAGUAAGGAAGGUAGUGAGGAUGAUAAUAAGGAAGGUAAUGAGGACAAUAAUGAGGAAUUUGAUAGUGAAUAUAUAAAUUUUG